AUGUUUUCAUGGGGAAGUGGCAGAAUUGGUUUUGGUAGUUUCAGUGAUGUUAAAGAGCCUAAGCAACUGUAUUUCAACCGUUCUAAUGAUGGAUCCGAUGGAGACACCUAUGAUGAAAAUGACUGUAAAAAUGAUAUAGAUUUUAUAGAUUUCUCGGCUGGAAGAAGACAUUCACUAGCAGUAGAUAAUAGUAAUAAAGUUUGGGUAUUUGGUGAUAUUGGAGAUAAUGUUACAGAGUUUAGAAAAUAUCCCAUUUUAGAUAAAUCAUUAGAAAAUGAAAAUAUUAAGCAGGUUUCAUGCUGGGAUAGAAACUAUGCAAUUAAUGAUAAAGGACAAGUUAUACAAUGGGGUUCAAAUGAUGGUACAUUUUUAAUUCCAAGAGUUAUACCAUUCAAUUAUUCAAUCAAACAAGUAUCAUGUUCCUUAAAUAAUACUAUGGCGGUGUCAAGUGACGGCAUAGCAUUUGUAAAUAUAUUUCAAGCAGAGGCUUCAAAAUUUAAAGUUGUACAAUAUUUUAUAGAAAAUAAAAUUCAAGUAAUUCAGGUUGCAUGUGGUGUAAAACAUUGUUUGUUUUUAGACAGUAAAGGUUUGGUUUAUUCAUCUGGCAAAGGUAUUCAAACUGGUCAAUAUGCAAGUUUUGGAGAAAUUGAUGAUGGUGGUGAAGGUACUGUUCCACAGGAUAGUGAAGAGGAUCUUUCAAAUUUGGUUGAUGAUGGCACUAUUAAAUAUGACUUUGACCAGCCAAAACAAGUAAAGGAAUUAUGUAAUAUUAUCGAAAUUAAAGCUGGCUAUAAACAUUCAUUAGCAUUGGAUUACUAUACCCAACAAACAUAUGCAUGGGGUGAAAAUUUAAAUGGCCAGCUUGGAAUGGAAGGUGUAGAUUAUGUAUUUGAACCAACUAUCAUACCAUUCCCACUUGUACAAAUUAAAACAAUUGAAGCAGGUGCAUACCACAGUGCAUUCAUAACAACUAAAGGUCAACUUAUUAUGGUCGGUGGUGUAUUAAUAGUUAAUAGUGCAUUUAGAAUGAAUCUAGCUUUAGGAAAUGGGGAAGGUGGUUUAAACACAAUCCAGUUUAAAGUUAAUGUAGAAGAAGAGGAAACAGUUAUUACAGAGAAUAUUGUUAUACCAAAACCAGUUUCAACUUUAAUUAAUGUAAAAGAAAAAGAACAGCACGAAAAAGAACAAAAAUUAAUACCAAAAGAAGAUCAAGAUUUAGAUGAUGAUGGUGUUAUAUUAUCAAAAGAAGAAAUAUUAGAAUUUCAAUACCAUCUAAAUGAAAUAUUCCAUAGCGAUUACUCUAGAUCACAAUAUAAUCCCCAGUUUAUUCAAUCUACAUUUAAAAAUAAAGUAGUCGAUAAGGUUUCGUGUGGCCUAUUUCAUACAUUGGCAACUUUAAAAAAAGAUCAAGUUCAACCAAUCAAUUCACUUCAAGAAUAUUGUAUCAAAUAUAUUUCAGAUAAUAUUUUAACAUCAAUGGAGUCAGAUUCGUCAUUUCAAGAUAUAUAUAAUAUACCACUAGAUAUAGUUUUAAAAAUUGAUUCUUAUUUAACAUUGGAAAGAAAACAUAACGAUAAAUCAUUAAGAUUAAUGUUCUUUUUAAAAUCAUCCUAUAAUAAUAAAAAUAAAAUAAAUAAUAAUAAUGAUAAUACAAUUCAAAAUCAAUGGGAUGAAUAUUUAACCUCUUUUUCAGAUUUUGAAUCUGUUGUUAUCGCAUCACUUUCAGAUUAUAGCGUUAUAACUAAAUCACCCAAUAUAGAAAUUUCAAAAGAGUUAAUUAAAGAAUUUUGUAACCAAGAGAGUCAAGAAAUGUUUUUAAAUAAUCAAAUUAAAAUUCCAAGUUAUCAAGAAUCUUUUACAAUAAUAUGUAUAGAAAAUAAAAUAUUGGCUUUAAAUAAACAAUAUACAUUAAUUAUAGAUAAAACAAAUUUAUUAUUGGUAAUGGCAAUAUUCAAAAGAGAAUUGUUAACAAAUUCUUAUAUUUUAAAAGAUUUUGAUAAUAAUAUUUUAAAUUUAAAAAUAAAUGGUUAUUAA